ACUUUGCAAAUGUAAACGUCUAGCCGCCAACAGAAAGACGUAUUCUAUGCUUUGCAACUUGAAAUUGAUCCAAUGGAGAACGAAGGAUAUAGUCGAAUGGUUAACAGGAAGCAGGGGGUGUGUGUAGUUUAGUGUCUACGGACAAGUACGGAAAUGCUGUGGGUGAAACCCCUGCUAGAUAUAUACUGUAAAACGGGUAGUGAAGACCUCUCGUGUUUAUGUUGAUUUUUUUUUUUUUUUUCUGAAAUUUGCUAUUAAAAUGAAGCCAUUGUAUUUGGUGAUUCUCAAAAAGUCUCAGAGUAACUGUAUUGUCUGUACUUGGACACUUACUUCCACCGAGCCCUAAGUGCAUUCGAACCUGGAGUUUAGCCACGCUGUGAAACAUCUGACCAAUGGACAGCACUCUCAAUCUGAAGGAGUGUUCAGUGCUGAAACAGAUGAAGUGAAGACAGUGAUGGAGGGAGAUUCAGUCACUCUAAACCCUGAUCUUACUCAAAUACAGGGAAUUAAUCUGAUACUGUGGAGGUUUGGAGACACAGGCUUCACCAUUGCUCAAGUCGAGGGAAAUGAGAUCUCAUAUGAUUCUGAUGAGAGAUUCAGAGACAGACUGAAGCUGAAUCAGACUGGAUCUCUGACCAUCACAAACAUCAGAAUCAAACACUCUGGACUUUAUAAAGCAGAAAUCAUACACAACACUGGGACCUCCUAUAGGAAAUUCACAGUUAUUGUCUAUGAAUCUCCAGAUGUUAUUGAUGCUUUUAAAGGUGAAACAAAGAGUGUUUCAGUGACAGAGGGAGAUUCUGUCAGUCUUCAGACUGAUACUGAAACACAUGGAAAAAUGCUGAUAGUGUGGAGGUUUGGAGAUGAAGGAAAACUCGUAGCUAAACAUGAUCUAGAGGCCAAGAGUCCACCAUUAUAUGAUCCUGAUGAGAGAUUCAGAGACAGACUGAAGCUGAAUAAUCAGACUGGAUCUCUGACCAUCAGAGACUUCAGAAUCACAGACUCUGGAGUUUAUAAAGUGAAGAUCAGCAGCAGCAAACAGACUUUACACAAGAGAUUCACUGUCACUGUCAGCGUUCCAGGUCUGUCUCCAGGUGCUGUAGCAGGGAUUGUUGUUGUUCUGCUGCUGGUAUUUUCAGCUGUCGCAGCUGCUGGUGUUUUUUACUAUCGUCGCAAAGUCUCUGAACUACAAAAUCAAAUGAUGAAGAUUUCGAAACAACUAGAGCAACUGCCGGAGAUCUCUAAACAGCUAGAGCAAUUGAUGAAGACCUAUGAAGAAGAAUUGCCGAAGAUCUCUGAAAAAGAAUUAUUGAAGAUAUCUGAAAAACUAAAGGAAAUGUCCGAGAUCUCUGAGCAAGAAAUGCCGAAGAUAUCUGAACAUCUAAAGCAACUGCGCACCGAAGUCACAAAACAAGAGACAACGAGAUCAGGCAUGGAGAAUGCUGAAGAGGAACGGUACAUUACUGUUCAAGAUACUGCCAUAAGUCGAGUGACAUGUGACGACAAGGCAUUCAUAGACGUGCAGGGCAAGAGGAUUUUAAUCCGUAAAAGCACAAGUGAAGAUGCUGGAGUUCACACACAUGAUUCCACAGAAAGCCAAGGGAAUGAAUCAGUGACUGUAGUGGACCCGCUGUUGAAAGAACAUGAUGGAGAGAAUAAGCCGGAGGAAACGACUUCAGUUUGAGAUAAGACACGCCCACCCGUGUCAAUCACUAUGACAUCUACAACAUGUUAGCUCCAUAUUUCUGUCCAUCUCGUGAAAGUGAAAACCCCAUUUCUGAUGAGCUGUUAAACUGCAGAGUAAAAAGCUUCUUAGGUUGGUGGUUGAUGAAACUCUUUCAUACACCAAUUCACUAAUGCUACACUUCAUUCCUGUAACUCUGUUAACAAAAUACUGGCUUCACUUUCAGAUCUUUGAUAUUGUGUGAUAGUAAACAGUGAGAGUCGGAAAUUUAAUAUAAGAUCUGAGUGUCAUACAAUGUGUUAUUGCUUUGAAAAAUGCCAGAAGUGGGCAGUGCGUUGGGCUUCUUGAUUUCAAGAAUCGAGCGCAAUGGUCAAACAUGUCCGUCUAGUGAAUGUUUACAUUGUAAAACUGUUAAAGCAGUAAAGACGAGCUCUGUGAACCAGCCUUAGGGGCUUAGAAACUCCUACAGACACUAAACUCACUGAUGAACAAGUAUUUAUAGCUGCAAAAUACAUAUCCAGAUCCUUAAUAAAGGAUGAGGUGAUGACUACAUUCAUCAGGAGACAGUUAGUACUCUAAGAUCUCACAUUUAGCAGUUUUUGGUCCAAUAAUCUUAUUUUCUUUUCUUUUCUUUUCUUUGUGUGUGGCUUUGAAAAACACUACUAUCACUAACACUGCUUUAUAUCUGUAUGAGAUAUAUAUAUAUAUAUAUAUAUAUAUAUAUAUAUUAUUACUUUUUCAGUUACAGUUCUGUGCUGUGUUGUCUUUAUUAAUUAAUGAUAAUGGAAAGUCCUUAUUUCAAGGUUUUUAAUUGUUACAAGACGAAAGCAGUAAUUUUCCAUUGCCUUUGCUGUAAUAUAAUAACACUCAUUGAAUUUGUGCUGGUCAGGUGAAAAUCUGACCGAUCAAACAGAGACAAAGACAACUAAUAUUAUUCAAUAAACUGCUCAUUUUACCAUC